AUGCCGGUCUCGCACCUUACCCUCACCGUCUCCCACCUCCCAGCCUCGACAUCUUUCUUCUUGUCCUGCCUCCAGCCACUGGGCUACCAGUUUGUCGGUCGUCACGAGGCCUACAUUGGGUUCGGGCAGAAACAGGGCAAACCCGCGGACUUUUGGAUCACAGAACAGAAACCAGGUUCCCCCGCCAGCGCCAUCCAUGUCGCCUUUCCCGCCCCGUCCAGGGACGCGGUGAGCGCGUUCUUUAUCUGUGCUCUCAAGGCCGGCGGGCAGAUCCACGGCGAGCCAAAGGUCCGCGAUGCGCAGUCCGGAUAUUAUAGUGCUGCCGUUAUUGAUUUUGAUGGGAAUAGUAUUGAGGCUGUUUAUCGACCUGGGGGAGACAACAGAUCUAUAGUCUCCAAGACUAGCAGCAACAGCGAAACCAGCGCGGUAAGGGCGGCAUCGAAGCCACCUACUACUGCCAUACAUGCUUCAUCACAUAUUGUGCGAAACACCACCUCAGACGAUGGUAGCAAAGUGGCUAAGACGAUUGUUGGCACGCUCAUUGGCGCUGCGGCGGGUGCGGCGAUUGCAUAUGCCAUGGUGAGAGGGGACUCGCAGUCUUCCAAAGAAGCCAACAACCCUCCUCCUCCUCAGCAGGAUAGGGAGUAUGCUGCAGUCAUGCCGCCGCCUUCUUCAGCAUCAUCCGAGGAACAGCCAUGUCCAUAUGACAUGCAGCCGAUAUUCCGGGCCCUGGAAGCACCUCCCUCCCGGAGCAUCUAUUCAUCACCCCGGACUCACUCAUCCCACAUCCACAGCACCUCUUCGAAGAACCCACGCGCAAGCACAAUCUAUGACACCAAAGAGCAUUUCCAUCACACAGAUGAUCGCCGUCGCGCCUCCGAGGGAAGCAUAUUUUCCAUUCCCGAAGACGUCCCUCUCCGGGCAAUCGAGUACCCGCCCAGUCAGACCUCGCCGCAGCGCCGGACUUCAUAUCCAUGCAAUACAAGCACUAUUAUCAAGAGCUAUGCUACUGAUAAGCCGCGCCGAGAGGACGAUGGCCAGAGCUCGCGUUCUGCGUCUACGAUCAAAGCCUCUAGCCGCCACGGACGAAGUCAUACCUCUUCCCGAGCUGGGUCAUCGACUUCUGCGAGGACGGCGCGCAAUAUUCCCCUUCCGGAGUCGUCGUGUUCUGUGUGUUCCAGCGCACCUAAAUCAUACGUCUCUGCACGUGCGGUGCCGCUUCCCGAGAGUGUGCUAGAGCUUGAUCUGGAUUCGAUUGUCACGCCGGAUGACUCGAUUAGCCAGGUUGGGAGUAGUGGGCGCAGGCCUUCGAAUGCACAUUCUCGCUCGCAUUCGCGGUCGCGCCAUUCAACGCAUUCCACGACUUCGCAUGCUUCGAAACGGAGUUCUAAGGGCACUUCUCGACAAGAAGGAGGGAGCAAGGCUGCGUCUAGGACGAGUAGUCGGCGAGCUCUUUAG